CGUGACUACGGCAACCAGGGCAACCGGGGUGACUAUGGUGGUCAGCGAGGUGGUGGUAGACGUGACUACGGUGACCAGGGCAACCAGGGUGACUAUGGUGGUCAGCGAGGUGGUGGUAGACGCGACUACGGUGACCAGGGCAACCAGGGUGACUAUGGUGGUCAGCGAGGUGGUGGUAGACGCGACUACGGUGACCAGGGCGGCCAUGAGGAAGGCAAUGGUGGCUUUAGUCGUGGGAGGUAUGCACGAGGUGGGAACUCAAUCCGUGAGGGUCGUAUUCAGGAUGGGCGUGGCGAUAGUGAGAUGCCAAUUGAGGGCCCAUUUGAUGAGCAAGCUGCCAGGAAACUCUUUGAGUUGAAGCGACAGUACAAAAAUGCCAAGUCUGGAAAGGAUAGACGCGAUAUUCAACGAGAGGCCCGUCGUGCGAUUCGUCGUGCACAUGUUGAUCCCUCGACACAGGAUGAAAAGACGGUAACAUUGCUUCUCAACUGCGCGGCAACCUUCCGUAGUUAUCCUCAUUCGGAGGGAAUCAAGCAGGCCGUCCAGUGGAUGCGCCAGAAUAUCGAUGCGUUGUCUUCACAGAAUUUGGCUCUUUUUGCGAAUGCACUUGGUGUACUCUCGGUGGUAGAUAGUGAUAUCAUCUUGUUGCAGGAAGUGUCUCCAGCUGUGCAGUCUACCUUUACAGAGAUGAGCCCUGUGGAGUUGGUGAUGAUCCUGCAGGCGUUUAAGCGCAAUAAGAUAUUUUCCAAUGCUGCAUUGCAGGAAUCCAUGCUACAACGAUUGCAAUCCUGCGUUUCACAGAUGCCUGUGCCACAACUCUCCACACUGGCAGAGGUUUUGGUGAGUGCUCCUCUUCGCAAGAGCAAUGAGGCAGCGUGGCGGGAGUUAACCAAUGCCGUUUUAUUAAAGGCGGUCUCGGGUGUUGACAGGAUGCACUCUCGCGAAGUCAUCACAUUACUAAGGGCUGCCCCACAUUUGUGUGUCCCUGAGGAGCCAAGUCUCCAACUGGUACAACGUGCAAUAGACACGGUGGGUUUUCAUACAGAUGAGCAGAUUGGAGAGCUACUCGAGGCUGUGGGCGGGUACCGCACUUUGGAAACGCCACCUGAGGAAAAUCUCAAUCGCAAACUUGAUGAAUUGGUUGACGUGCUUUGGACGCGCCUACAAAGGGUGGCUCCAUAUGUCGAUGCUGCAAGCACAACAUGGAUCAUGCGUCAGGCUAGUCGCUGUGGCAUAUACGUGCCACCACCUACCAUGGAGGUCAUGCUGGCGGCGGUAGCGAAAGACAUGUGCUACCACCGCCACACAUUUCGCCGGUGUGCGGCGUUAGCUGAGGCUUUGGCUGAGCAAAAGGCCCAAGCCAAAGCGCUGUUGCUGCUGCUUGGUGAUUACUGCAUUGGUAAACGUCCUACACGCCAGGAUCGAGAGGAGGCUGACUCACCCGAUGAUGAGGAGGCAGCGAGGGAGGUUCGGAUGAAUAUCUACGCCCGCUUUCUUGGAGAUUUGACGAGAGCGCGUAUAGCACUAGAAAGGGCGCACAGCGCAAACCCUGAAAAUGGGGAGCUGGGGGAGAGUGUGUGGUCUAUUCUCUCCCAGCGGUUGGAGGAGGGCGUCUUGGAGGCGCCACCACGUGAGGUUUUGAAGUGUGUCCGGGCUAUUUGCACCUCGGAGGAUUGCCAGUUACGCAACCGCGCGAAUGAUGAAAAAAUCAUGACAUUGGUGGAGCGCCGCCUCUCCAGGGACCGCGAGAGCUUCACGAAGGAGAUCCCGAAAGAGAUUUUGGAGGAGUUUCUUGGCGUUCUAAGGGAUCAGCCCCGCGCGCAAAAAGUCGUUCUCGCCUGCUCCGUGUGA